AAGCAAACCAAACUCUCUGCUCAAUAUUGUCAGGUAUUCUACUAAAUGCUCAGUUUACUUGAGUUCGUCGCUAGUAGCGGGUGUAUGCAGAAAGAUCGUCUAUGGUAGUGGUGUACCAAGCUAGAAGAUAAUCAAAAACGCACAGAGAACAACUAUAACUAAAUUUGAACUUUCUCAGAUUGUGGUCGUUUUAAACAGGGGAAGUGGCUUGAAGAUGAUCAUUGAAGCAUGAAAUAAAAUGAAUACCAGCCAUAGUGAAACUGUGUAGUGAGUAACACGAAUUCUAUUGAAAACUGUUAUAUAGUCGUUUUACAUUUAUGACAUGGUCAUGGAUUAGCGGCACAUACCCAACAAGAAGUUGACUUAAGGUCAGUGAGCAGUGAUCGUUUGGAUUGUUGAUAAUAUUUCCGGUUUCCUAAGCUGGGUCGAAUCAACAAAAACCCCAAUGAGGCAACAGUUCAAUCAAAAUGUCCGUCAGUGAGUGUCUAUAGUAAUUGGAGCAAAAAAAUAGUGUUAUGAGAUAGAAAAAUACGUUAAUUGGCCACGACGUGAACGAAGAUUCUCCGAAUAAACACGCGGUACUACAAUGGAGGGAAAUGGAGUGCACAGCAACACAGUCACAAAACGUUACAAACUAGCAACAACAACAAGCUCGCUGCUGUUGGCAACGAUAUGUUUUCUAGGAGCCUUCGGUGAAGCCUUGUCGCAAGAAUCAGAAUUUGCACCUCACGUAACGGCAACGUGUAAAUCAGGAACUAUGAAUAUCAAAAUUAUAUUCACUGCUGCAUACAAUGGAAUAGUUCAUGCAAGAGAUUUUCGUACACAAUCUUGUAUGGCACUUGGUAAUGGAUCAGCGGUGGUGGCUCUUAGUUUGAAUCUACUUGCUAAGCAAGGUAACACUGAUUAUUGCGGUGUACUAGUCAGCAACAUGCACGGAGGCGAGCGAACAGAAGAACGGUCAGUCCAAUUGGCCGUAAGAGUGCAUAAAACUCUAGAAUUGGCCGAUGAUAAAUUCUAUGUUAUCACUUGUGGUAAAACAGGAUUCGCAAGAGACGAUAAUUCGCCUGUGACUCUCAAGUUCUUCGAGAAUGAUCGCCGCAUACAGGAAACAGUUUAUGGUCGAAGAUAUCAAGUUAAAGCAGAAAUCACUCAUCCAAAUGGAACUCAAGGCAUUCGCGUGAAGAACUGCUUCGCAUUCAACAAAAAAAACAACACUAUUGCUUUGAUCGAUGAUAGAGGGUGUCCUAUCAUGAAUAGUGGAACGUACAUUAUGACUAAGUUCCAAACGAUUGCUAAUGGAACAACAGCAGUCGCUACAUUAAGUUCAAUGUUCCGGUUUCCUGAAGGUUCAGAAGUUCACUUUCAAUGUGAUGUCCUUCAGUGCAAUGGAAUUUGUCCAGAGGAAAACAGUAGCAUGUGUACCGGGGAUACCGGGACACAUAUAAAACCAGCUCGAGCUUCCGGACAAACAGAACAAGGCAUUCUUCUAGCGGCCACAACGGUUUUUGUGCUGGAUCCAAUUGAUGCCAAUCCCUUAGGAGCAUUAUGCGACGAUACUGGAGUUCGACCACAUUGGUUGUUAUGGCUAACAAUUGCACUAGCUGUUCUGUUCCUCAUCAUGCUGCUCAUGAACAUAUUUUUAUGCACAGCAAUGAGCUGUAGUUGUGCAAGAACAGAGAUAAUUGAAAAAGAACCAUCAAUCAUCGAGGAAUAUGAUCCAUACCGAAGCUGGCACGGUUCUCAAUAUGGAUCCAGAUACUCACUGCAUGGACGGGAUGGCGGCCAUAAUAAAGGUUACACUAGUGGAGGUAGCACGAUUCACUCCAACAGAUCGUUGCCAAUUGACUCCGAUCACUACGCGAUUGUACACAGCAGGCCAGGCUCUAGGCAUUCAGGCCUACAUGGGAAUCGUUCUCGAGGGCCGCCUAGUAACAUGUAAAUAUAAUGCGAAAUCUACAAAUGGCACUCUCCAGAAUAAAACAGUGAAGUUGAAAGCCGGCAACGGCAAAGGCCAUUUGAGGAUUGUAUGCAUUAUUCUGUAUUUCAUAGCAUUUAGUAUGGAAUAUUAUCUUUGUACUGUCUCUAAUUUGCUAUAAUUUUAUACCAGAAAAAAAACCAAUCAGGUUUAUCCGAAAGCAUAGCUAUAUAACAUGUAAAUAUUUGUGAAAAAACACUUUAAAAUUUUAGAUACUGUAAUUAACGAAAUUUUUAAACUAUACAAAUUGUGUAACAGGCAAAUUUGAAACGAAAGAUUUCAGAGCAGUUUUUAUGGCGGAAAGAGUAGAAAGCGUAUUAUAAUAAGUAUGAAUUUGUUAUAAGUCAACAAAUCGAACAACACUAACAGUGUUCCUGUAAUGCUAAAAGUGUUGAAAGUAAAAAAAAAACAUUCAACUAAUCAGAUAGCAAAUGUUUCUCGAUAAUGUACUAUUCUGAUUCGAACUUUGAACAGCAUAAAAACCUCAAUACUUUUAAAAAAGGCUCAUUAAUACUACUAAUAAAACAAAUUUAAAGUUCGUUCUACACAUUCAUAUUCGUUACCAACGAUAACUUACAUAGCAAUGAACCACUAUUCUAUUAAGUGACAACUCGUAUUAUUACUAAUUUGGAUUAAAUAAAAAAAAGGUUACCUUCUUCCCGAAAAACCUUGAA